CUGAUGACCCUCACGGUGAUGCCGCCAUUGCCGCCAUUGGCACCCAGGCUGCUGCCCAAGCCUCUAUGGAAAACUUACCCCAAGAGAAAGAAGUCGAAAAUAAAGAGAUGAGUGGAAGCCAGGAUGAACCUCCUCACGAGCUUGAGAACCAGUUUAUACUGCGUCUGCCUGUGGAACAUGCUUCCAUUGUCAGAAAGAUGGUGCACUCUGGAACUUCUGCCAUGAAGAAUAAGCUAAAAAUUGACUUAUUUUCUGACGCACGUCGUGCAGUUGUUGAGGUAGACAAUGUCUCACUAGCUGCUAAGCUGGUUGAUUUGCCUUGUGUUAUCGGAAGCCUAAAAACUCUGGAUAAAAAAAGUUUUUAUAAAACGGCAGAUGUUUCCCAGAUGCUUGUGUGCACUGCUGAUGCUGAGGUUCCCUCUUCUCCUGAAGAACCAAUAACUUCUACUGAUCCUAAAGCAAUCAGGAAAGCUGAAAAGCGGAGAAAGAAAAAAUAUACCUGGAAGCAUGGCAUUACUCCACCACUUAAGAAUGUCAGAAAGAGAAGGUUCCGCAAAACAACAAAAAAGGUUACUGAUAUCAAACAAAUUGAAGAAAUAGAGCUUCCUGAGCACAUUGAAUCUCCUGAUGUGGAAAAGGAAGUGAAAAGACUGCUAUGUUCAGAUGCUGAAGCUAUCAAUGCUCGGUGGGAGGUCAUUGCUGAAGAUGAAACCAAGGAAAUUGAAAGUCAAGGCUCCAUUCCUAGCUAUGCAAUAGCCUCAGGAAUGAGCGACUACAAGCAGGGUCAUAUCUUACCAGAAUAUUACAUGCUUCAGGAGAUGCGCAAUGAUUCUAGCAAUAACACUGAGGAGGAUGAUAAAGAGGAGGAGGAGGAGGAGGAGGAGGACUAUUAUGAUGAAGAGGAGGAAGAUUAUUAUGACGAGGACAUAGAAAGGGAGCUAAAGGCUGGAUUCACUGAAUAUGACCAGUGUGAGGCAAAGGAGGGAACCAGCUCAAUGGUCAUGGACAUUCAGAAGUACACUCAAUACACAGAGAAAAAGCUCCAUGAGAUUCAGCGCAAGGCACAAAGACAGAAGGAGCUCAUCAGCAAAGUGGAAAACCUGACACUCAAGAAUCAUUUACAGUCUGUGCUGGAGCAGCUUAAGUUACAGGAAGAAGAAAAAACUGAGCAGCUCAUUUAUCUACAGGAAAAACUGAACUAUUUCCUGAAGAAGUGAGGAGAGUCUUCAAUCUGGCACCCAGGCCUUCGAUUAACCAUCAGACCGAAGUCUAGAUAGAUUGUGCCUGUUUCUUUUACUUUCAUUGCCUUAUGCCAAAUCAUUUGUAUUUACUUCUCUGAACCAUUUUUUUUUUUUUGCUAGUUCUGUAGGACCUGAAGACCCAGCUCAACUAUGAGACUUGGCUUCUUUUUAUAAAGUUUUAAGAAUUUAUUAAAUGCUUCUAUACUAUGGUGCCAUCAGAUAAUUCGGCCAUGCUUGCCAAAGGCAGUCUUAACCUGAAGGCUACAUAGCCAGUCUGCAUAGAUUUUAGCUUUUUCUUCUGCUUGUUUCAAAUAUUUACUGAAACAGAACAAAGUCAAACCAUUUCUGCCAAAUGCUAGAACCCGCCACAGUGAAUUUAAGUGCCUUCCUGGCAGCAGUUGAUACUAAGUUGUGAGGUGUCUUUGUUCAAGCAUUAGCAGCUGCUUUCCUGCUCAGGGGAAAUUUCUUGCUGCCACCAUCUUCUUUCCAUUGUUAAUACUUUUAGAAUUGUGCCUGGUUGUUAUUUGGCAGCUAUGGGAAUAGUUAGAGCAGAGGUGAAAUUCUGAGCUGUUAUCCUUAUGCCGAGCCUCUUCAUCCUAACCCCCACCAGAAAAGGUUAGGAAAAAGCAGACACCUGUGAGUGUUCCCUGGUAGCCUACUGGUUAGGAUUCCAGGCUUUCCACUGGCGUGGCCAGGGUUCAUUCCCUCGUCUGGGAACUCCUGCAAGCUAUAUGGCCCAAACCAAAAACAGAUGCCUGUGAAAACAUCCUUAAAAACCCUGGGCCAGUUCCAUUAUUUCUAGCUGUAUUAAGAUUUUCUAGUCUGUGUUUUUAAGCAAUAAAAUUAUUUAAGUGGACUACUGUCACUUUAUUAAAACAGUUCCCCUGAGAAGUACAUUCAAAUCCAAAAGGAAGCUGGUGAGACAAGCAAUAAAUUCUGCAGUUAGGAAAUGACAGAAGAUGCUGUCAGCACUGGGGCAUCCUUCUAAAGAGCUCUUAGGAUGAUUCCUAAUGAGCUAAGCAAAUCAUCUCAUAUUCACAAUACAUCACUGGGCUUUUGAGAGAAGGUACAGAGAAGUGAUAAAAAUGGCAGCUCCAAUAUUUGCACUGAGUUAUGUUGUAGUCGAAGGUACACAAAGUUAGAAUCCUGGCUCUGCUACCUAACUUUGGCAAGUCCCUACACCUCUUAGAACUUCUGUGUCCUUAUGUAGAAAUUAAGGGUGAUAAUGCUUAUCACCAAAAGGCAGCUGAAGGUUUUCUGCAAGUAGCCCAGCUUGACCCAGGUCUGGUCUCAGUUGGUGAAGUUGGUGCCACUCUAGGAGAUGAGCCCCCAAGCUUUCUCUGCCACUUUUAGUGCUCCCAUUCCAAGCUAGAAGUAGUGAGCCAGGGGCAGAGAAGGGGAAGUUAAUAUGUAUGGGCUGGGCCUGUGCAGAAGGGAUGAAGACACAAGGAAUGCUUGGGGGAAAAUGCAGGGGAAAAGUGGGACUAAAGGGAAGGAGAAAAUGAAGCCAAGCUUAGGAGAGAAGUUAGAGGACAGUUUGAAAACCAAGAUGAAUUUUUUUUUUUCAGAAACCCAAUUUAAAAGAUGAAAGAAUAGGGAAAAGGAAUUGUCAUAGGCAGAUGGUGGGGGAAGAGGCAGGAUUCGAAAAGAAGGUAGGCCUUUCCAGGUGAAAGAUGGCAGAGGACUAGGGAAGAAAUGUAAACAGUGCCCUGGGGACAUGGCUGGAGAGACUGCAGCCAGAGAGCGUGGCACAUAUGCCACACGUGGGGCCGUCGUGUGGGAGCAGGAGAGCCUUAGUCCGGCCUCUGUCCGAUACUGCACCCCAAGAGCAGCCAGAGCGCUUGUGAGGCCAUGGGGAAGAGAAGACAACAGGCAGGAGGAAAUUCAUGCAUCUGUGGUGCCCUUCUGCUCCCUCCACCACCGCAUCUCCUCACCCUGGGGAACUGCCUCACCACUGUCCAGUCCCCCCUCAGGCGGCAGCAAUAAGCUGCCCUGACUCCCUCCUCACCCCAGCACACACACGUGAUACAUCAUGAAGUUUUCCUUCUCUACAGCCCAGUGAUUCUGACUUAGACAUGUUACAGAACUGUGCUGUCCAAUAUGGUAUCCACUAGCCACAUGCAGCUUUUGAGCACUUGACCUACGGCUAGGCAAAAUUGAGGUGUGUCUUUCCACGUAGGCAAGGCUCAACUGCAGGAAGCCCUAGGCCUUGGCGGAAUGCUCCAUGAGCCUCCUGAAACCUGGAAAGAUAGGCAAUCUCAUGGGGAUUCAGGACACUCAGCUUCCUGUUUGGAGGGAGGCUGUCAUGGGGCAGUUUCUCAUCUGCCUCCCUCAUUCUGGUGAGGCAUGGGGUUUUUUUGCCUGCCUCCCUUCUCCCCUGUCCUUGCCCCAGAGGGUUCUGCUGCAAGCCGUAGAGCUGCUUAGCGGAGGUGUGGAGCUGCCACUCAGGAACGCAGUGCGCCGCUACUCCUGUUGCAUGCCAUCUGGCCCCUUUUGUUUCAGUAUCAUUCUGUGCAACAGGGACACAGGGAACAGUUCCCAUUGCUGGCCUUGCUUUUACUGUCUCUUCAGUAAUAAAGUGCCUGGCUCUAUGUGGGUUUCUAGUUUUUUACCAGCUGAAUUUGUACCCUGCUUGACAAUUUCUGAAAGUGUAAGUGAAAGUCGCUCAGUCGUGUCUGACUCUGCCACCCCAUGGAGUGUAACCCACCAGGCUCC